AUGAAAUUUGGGGAGUUGUUAAAUGAAGGGUUAGUUCCCGAAUGGAAACCUUUAUACCUUGAUUAUAAGUAUGGUAAGAAGCUAAUAAAACGACUUGAUGAUAUUAAGGAGGACAUAGACGAGUCAUCAAGUAGUAUGAAGAGCGAUGCAAACACAGGGAAGAAAAGUCCUAGCAAUGCUAAUGAUCGUACACCUUUACUUGUUCCUUCCAAGGGAGCAACGAAAUAUAAUCAGGAGCGUACAGAAUUCCAAUUGGAUGGUUCGUCUGAAGAUGGGCAAAGGAAGACAACGAACAAUGAGACAGAUAUGGAGAACUCUCCAAAAAAUGUGAAGCUGGAAGAUAAUCAGAAGCCAUCAGUUUUCAAUUACUCGUUGCGUUCUAAUAAAAAAGAUAAUUUAGAAUUAGAGAAGCGUAAAUUUAAAGAAUGGCUUGAUUCUGAGUUGGAGAAAGUCAACUCUUUCUACAAAGAAAAAGAAGAAUAUAAUUUCGAAAAGUUUCUACUAUUACAAGAUCAGUUAUAUCAAUUGCGAGAACAUAAAGCUGUGGUGUUACAAGAAAGAUUACAACAUCAAAACAAUAGACAUAGUUCUUCUGUCGACAAUCCAGAUAAUAUGUACAAUAACCUACAUGAUAUCGCAUUUCAUACCAAGAGCGCAUUAACUGCAUUAGAUAGAUUUGAAUUUCCCUCUUUUCCGUCAACUGCUUUCCUAAAUAAAUGGAAGAACAAACAAGAAAAAGAUAUAGACAUGAUCGAGGGGAAUGAUUUUGAUGAUAUAAAUUACCAUGAAAAUAGGAUUAGAAAUGGUAUGAUCUCUUCAAAAGAUGACGAGGAAACAGAUUUGACCUCAAUUGAUUCUGAUAUCAAUUCGGGCAACUUACCCCAUCAACAGGCUGAUACCGCAGGCUAUUCUUCCCAAGAACCACAGACUACGGAGAUGAUAAAAACUGCAAGAAGGAGAGAUUAUAGUGUCAAGAAGGAUCAUUUCAGGGUACCAUAUGUGUAUGCUCGUAAGCAACUAAAGGAUGCAAUAAUUGAACAUUAUGGUGCAUUAUCAUUACUAAAAUCCUUCAGAGAAUUAAAUCGAACUGCCUUUAGGAAAAUUACAAAAAAGUUUGACAAAGCCAUGCACACAUCAAUUUCGGCACCAUACGUGGAGAAAAUUGAUAAUGAAGCUUAUUUCCAAACAAGUGAUACGCUUGACAGGUUGACAGGCCAAGUCGAAGAAUUAUACAUAAUAUUCUUCGAUAGUGGAACGACUGAUAGGAAGCGUUCGCUAGAAAAGUUGAAGAGUAUCUCUUAUGUAUUGAAUAGUAAAGUGCAGAAGUCAUAUUAUGCCCCUUUCUUUACAUCUGGGAUAUUAAUUGGCUUUGGUUUUCCCUUGUUUAUUUUAGGGCUAUAUCUUGCGUUACGAAAAACAUUGAAUGGGGACUUACCAGAAGGGAGAUUCUUGUUGCAGAUAUGGGGAGGAUUCUUUUUGCUAAUCUUAGCAUUUUUACUUUUUGGAAUAAAUUUAUAUGUUUUUGACUUAUUUAAGAUUAACUACAAAUUCAUUUUUGAAUUUAACUUGGUAUCCACGUUGAAUUACAAACAGUUUUUGUUACUUCCAGCAUUUGGAUUUGCAUUCUUUUCAUUAUUAUUCUGGUUCAGUCUGAAUAACUUCUGGCCGGAAGCAUUUCCAGGUAGAGACUGGCCCUGGAUAUUUUUUGGGGUUAUGAUAGUGUUAUUUAUUUGGCCUGGUAAUCAAUUCUAUGCGUCAAGUAGGAAAUGGCUUCAAGUUGCACUUUGGAGAUUAUUAUUAUCUG